UAUAGCUUCAAUAUGGCCGACGCAGAUAGCAUUGACAUUUUCUGAUAAAUAUGUAAACAUGCACGCACUUCUCACCUCAUAAUCAUAGCCAACUUAAUAAGUCAAAUUAAAAGUGAACAGGUAGCAUCUGCUUAACAUAUAUGCUGAUUGUUGAACGUGUGUAUGUGUUCGAAAUCUUGUAGAUUAGUAAAUCAUCAGGAUUAUUUUUCGUUCAUAUUUGUUCAAGGGUUUUCCUGGACUACGUUUUAUUCAAGUCCUUUGGUUGAAUCAGGUUCCCUACAUGCAGAUCUUGCGCUUGGAGCAAGUCAUCAAGGAUAUAACCAGCAGAAACAAUGGAACCAUCAUGCCAUCAGUAAACUGACAAGGUUUUGAUGUCUGAGCCUUCGCAGGCGACACCCCGGGAGGCUGGGGACCAAGCCUCCUCACAGGGUGGGGGUGGGGCUGUCAUGGGGACACACCCCACAGCCCGCCCCCGAAAUGGAAUUAGCAAGGAGGAAGAGGAGGAAAUCAUGAAGGAAGUUUGUGUAAACAAUGGGAUAAGCUAUAACAAAGUGUCAAACGGCGGGGAAGAUUCAAAUCGUGUUCUUUCACUUGAGAUCUUCUUCUCUGGCUACCCAAAGAUGGUAGGCCUGAACAUGUUCCCGAAUUUACGCACCCUUGUGAUCAUAAAUCAGUCGGGCUUGCAGCGUAUUGAGGGUCUCAACUCUUGCCCGAAGCUGACUGAACUGUGGGUGUGCGAGUGUGCAAUACAGAAAAUUGAGCAGGUUCACUACCUGAAGCACCUCCACAAGCUUUACUUGUACAGCAACAAGAUCAGAGUCAUAGAGAAUCUGGAGGCACUCACAGAGCUGGAGGUCCUGUGGCUCAACCAAAACGAGAUUCUUAACAUCGAGAAUUUGCAAGGGCUUUCCAAGCUUAAGCAGUUGAAUCUGGCUGAAAACAAGAUAGAGAAGAUUGGCCAUACCCUCGACUCUAGUCAGCACCUAGAGGACCUGAACCUUUCUGGAAAUAGGAUUUCUUCUCUCAAGGACCUGACUCACCUGAUGCGGCUGCCCCACCUGAAGAGUCUCAGCCUCAAGGACCCCCUGUACUCGCCCGCGCCCGUCAGUCUGCUGUGCAACUACGCCACCCACGUGCUGUACCACCUGCCGGCCCUCACCAGGCUGGACACGUACGAAGUCUCCAGCAAGACGAUGACAGAGGUCGCUGAGACAACAGUGCUUAAGAAAAAGAUGUAUUACAACAUGCGUAUUCGCACUGUGUACCGUAACAUGGCACAGGUGAUAGAAAAAAUGCAGACCUACCAGCAACAUCUGCUUCAUUUCCCGCAGGAGAGAUUACGGGCAUUAAUCUCUGUACUCAAGGAGAUGGAAAACAGUGAUAUCACACAUGAGUACGACCAGCCUAACGUGACCUCAAACACAGUCAAUUCUGACAAUCAACAGAUGGAUCUACAGAAGUUGAGUAGCUCACCACUGUUCACAGCUAAGCUGGAAGCUGUGAGAGAAAGAGUGAAGAAAUGGGAGAAGAAAUGUGCUGAGAUUGAGUGGUUCUAUGAGGAAAUGGUGUCCCGCUUUAAGGAGUCGGCCAGCACUCUGGUGAACCGCAUGGUUGUGGAGUUGGAGUCAGGAGGCAAUGUGCGAUAUGAGGAGGGAUCUCCCUCAGACUUGUGGUUCACAUCUUGUCAUGAUCUCGUUCUGUCACGAUUUUGUGCCUCAGAUUAUCGCGAACACGGCAUAGUUGCCAUAAAAAUACGUAGAAUCAUCCGAUUGCAUAACCGAAUUUUGCGCAAUCGUUUUGAUGAAAAACUUACUUCUAUUGUCGAUGAUCCAGAAGGGGAAUAUUACAUCUCAAACAGAAGUGUGGGGUACAAGAAGCUGUUGGAGUACCUGUUCUGGAUGUGGGACCCUGCCCUGUCUGGGGGUACCUUGGAGCCAGAGAGGGUCCUAGAGGAGGGCUUUAUGGACGCUGACAACUAUCUGAAACUGGGUCGUGAUGGUGCAGUGCCUCUGAGCAACAGUCUCAGUCUGGCUGACCGACACCGCAUUAACCACUUGAUACAGAAAAACAGGGGCAAGGAUACGCAGGAGUUGUGUCCCUUUAAAUAUGGUCAGUUGGUUAUCUCCAAGGUGUACCUUGGCAAAAAUGCAAAGGUUAUGGAUGAUAAAAUGAUACAACAGCAGUCUUAUUCAAAGCUGGAUUCAGUAUACAGGCCAAGAAAAAUGUGUAUCAGGCAAGAAAAAAAUAUCCUGAACCUUGAGAGUGCCCCCUGUGAGUGUAGCUCUAGGCAGUGUGAGUGGUACAUAUUUGACAGAGACCUGGUCCUGCCAGAGUACAUCGUGGAAUAUGAAUAUGUAACAAAGAUGCAUGCUAAGUCCCCAUUUGCUGCCUUCAACGACGUACUGCUGGACAACAAGGACAGUAGCUACCCCAGCCCACCCCCACUUGAGGAGGACAAGGGUAUUGACAGCGACGUUCUAAACAUGGAGCCACAGAGCAAACAAAGACCCAGACUGAUAUCUCUCACAGACGAGUUACUCCUGAAGCUCACCAUGGAGCAGGAGCUGGAACAUAUUAUGGUGCUAAAUCUCCAUGGUAACGGCCUGACACGUCUCAAGCCACUCCAGCCGCUACGGAGCCUCCGACGCCUGGUGGUCAGCUUUAAUGAGCUCACACGGCUGGAUGAGUUGGCACAUAUGGGGCUGGAGCAGUUAGAUGCAAGUUUUAACAAAAUAACCACUUUAGAAGGGUUAAAGGGUUUAAACAAGUUGAAGAUGCUAGACCUGAGCUGGAACAAGCUGACCAACACAAAGGACGAGCUGUCCUUACUGAGGAAACACACGCCAAACGUGACGGCACUAGAUGUGCGGAACAAUCCCUGGCAGAAGGCAUACAAUCUGAGACUGAGAAUCAUUGGCAGACUCAAGUCCCUCUCCGUUCUCAAUAGGAUCCCUGUCCACGAGUCCGAGUCCUCAAGUGCCCUUCGAGUUGCAGCGGGCUCGCGCAUAUCCCAGGUGUCUCUCCUCACCUUCUCAAGAACUGACCAAUCGCGGCCAAGAUCGCUUAGCCUGCUCUCUACCAGUCAGAUUAUGUGCGCAAUGAGCCGCAAUAAACCAGAACGAGUGAAUGACCACGAUACACAUUGGUACUCAAAGAUCACUGCCUUGAACCUUGAUGGUCAGCACAUCACCAAACUGUCCAAUCUGGAGAAGCUGGAACACUUGAAAUACGCCUCCUUCAACAAUAACGAUAUCACUAAGAUUGAGGGUCUGGACCAUUGCCACAAACUAGAGGAACUAUCCAUCGAGAACAACUGCAUCACAAAGGUGGAGGGACUGUCAAAAAUCUCGAGCCUGCGCAGACUCAGCCUCGGGCUUAACUACAUCACAACCAUCGAUAACUCAGGGUUCCAAUCCCUUGUGCACCUGCACUAUCUUGCCCUCGAUAAUAACGAGCUGACUACAAUUGUGGGUUUGCAGAACUGUACACCGCUUAUGGAGCUUUAUGUAGGAAAUAAUCGCAUGGCUAACAUAAGGGAUGUCUUCCAUUUGAAGGGACUGGGUAAUCUGGUGAUUCUGGACAUGUACGGAAACCCUGUGGCCAAUGACAACGACAACUAUCGACUGUUUGUCAUCUAUCAUCUAAGGACAUUGAAAGCACUUGAUGGAACAGCCAUUGAGGCUGCAGAAGGUAACAAUGCCAAGGACAUGUUUGGUGGUCGUCUGACCCCUGACUUUGUGGCAGAGAAACUGGGACAUUCCAACUUCCUUGAUGUGCGGGAAGUGGAUCUGCCAUCAAGUGGAAUCAGAAUCGUGGACCUAGGGGCUAGGGACGUGUUUCUUAAUCUGCGCAGUAUAAAUCUUGAGCACAACAAUCUAACAUCAUUCAGUGGAUUGAUCUACUUGCCAAAUCUCAGGGUGCUAUGUUUGAACCACAAUCGUAUUGAGUGUGUCAUGCCAAAGCCUAAGCAGCCCAGCAAGUCUAAGACAACUCUGACUGGUAACCAGGCAACCCUGCGCAAUGGCGCUGACCUGUUUAACCAGGACUCGAGUCUCAACCCUGUGCUGGAGAAUCUGGAGGUGUUGCAUUUAGGGUACAACUGCAUCAAAGAUAUGGCUGCUUUACAGCUAAGCAGGCUGACAGGGUUAAAGGCACUGUUCUUGCAAGGAAACGAAAUUCAGAAAGUGGAGGGCAUGGAAGGGUUACAUGAUCUUCGAGAGCUUGUCCUGGACCGCAACAAGAUCAAGAACGUGUGCGAGACCUCCUUCAACAACCAGUGGAAUCUCCAGGAAUUGCACAUGGAGGAGAACCGUCUUAGAGAGCUUGCCAACUUUAACUGUCUAGAGAACCUGCAGAGGCUUUACCUGGGCUCCAACAGAAUUCAGGAGGUAAUAGAGCUGGAAAACCUGGAUGGACUUCACAACUUGAUAGAGAUUUCUGUUGUUAAUAACCCUGCAUGGUCAUUAGUGAAAGCUGCAAGGCGACACUUACAUCGUCCCCUGCUUGUGUAUCGCUUGAAGAACCUCAUGGUGAUCGACGGGAUACCAGUGACAGAGGAGGAGCGGGCAAAGGCGGAGCUUUACUUCAUGGACCAACAGGAGCUUGAGUUCGGCUUGAAGGGCAGUCUUUUAAAUUCAUAUGAACCCGGCCUUGCCGGGGUGGUUGCGGCCGAUGGCUCCCUGCCCGGUAUUGGCCAGUAUAAGGCCCAAGUCCCUGUCAAGGUCACCAACAUGCAGCUGGCAACCUCUCCUCUCUGGAAUGGAAGUAUCUUCUAUGACGAUACAUCAGCAGCACAAGAUAUUGCACAAAGAGUUCAACUGUUGCCAGGUGGAGGGAGAAGGCGAUCCAAGCAGAACGGAGAAGCGUCCAACCAGCCCGCCCCACUCGGGCGCACGAACACCAUGUACCAGGCAGGAUGUGGGGGAACUGGAGGGUACGGAGGGUUUGCCUACACAAACAGCGGGAAUCGGGCACAGUUCUAUUUGAAUCAAAUUCCUUAUGUGGCAACACAGCCAUCACAAACUGCAGAGUAUGUUGAGUGGUUGACAAGAUAUUUUCUGAAUACCAUGCAUCCUUCGAAAUGAACAACAAUCGAAACAACAGAAAAUAAACAUUGACCUGAGGAUUGACCAUGAACACUGCAACUGUACCUUGGUUGCUAUUAGCAACAGGCUCAGUUAUGGGAAGUAUAGAACAGCCAUGAUACCUGUUCCAAUGUCUCUAACAUGUACAUCUACAUAUGCAGAGAUCAUUUGACUGAAACUGUUUUUACCAUGGAUGCCUUAAGCACUUAUGCAAGCAUUCAAAAGUUAAGACUUGGGGUACAAGUAACACAUUUUAUUGUUGAAUGUUUAACAUUUUGUGAUGUCCUUAAAAAAUCUCCAACAUGCUUUAUUGGCUUACCACAUGUUGUAUGUCUCAAAGCUUACAAAGGACACAGUUGUGUUUGCUAUAAGAAAAGUUACUAACAAGCUAUACUUUUAAAAACCUUCAACAUUUGUGAUAUAAAAACAUAAAUAUACAUUUUUAGCAUGUGAACUUUAGAUAAAGUUGUGAAUAACCUGAUUUUGAUGGACCUUGGUUGUGUUGGGAAAAUGGACCUUGAAGUGGGUUUUCAGAGAGAAAGAGAGUGUGAUUAGUAGCAGUUACUGGAUAAUUGCCAGACAGUUAGUACAAAAACAUCCAAUCCAGUUAUCAUACCGUAUGCCACUUUAAUAUUAUAUAUAUUUUCAAACCAGAGAGAUUGCGGCAGAUGUCACUAUGUUUUGGCUAGCUCUGUAGUUAAUCCUUGUGAAAUGAUUAUGUAAUCGUGAAAUCCCUUUUUUUCCCCGAUGUUAUAGCUGAUUUCAUAUUGCCACUUAUAUGAAAAAUACUGAAAAUGAUGCCAGUAGGCUAAGGUGUGCACAGUCAGACAGUGUGGGAAAACUAAGGACAUUAUGGGGUUGUGCACAGUCAGACAGUGUGGGAAAACUAAGGACAUUAUGGGGUUGUGCACAGUCAGACAGUGUGGCAAAACUAAGGACAUUAUGGGGUUGUGCACAGUCAGACAGUGUGGCAAAACUAAGGACAUUAUGGGGUUGUGCACAGUCAGACAGUGUGGCAAAACUAAGGACAUUUUGGGGUUGUGCUAUAUAAAUAAAUUACUUAGUCAAAUUUUGGAUUCCAUUUCAUGUGGAAAACUCCAGUAUGUAUACAUGAUCGUUAUUUACAAAAAGCAAAUUUUUGGUCUUGCUCUCUCUUUUCAGACACAUACAUCUCCCAAACAAUUCUCCCAUACAAUUAGAUAUAAUCAGUGCUGUGCAAGUGACUUGAAAAAUGUUGUAGAAAUCAAACUGCAAAAACAAUCUUGUUGGAAGUUACAUGUUGUCCAACUACAUUGUUUUAUACUUAAUUCUUGGCUAUUUUUAAACAUGUUUGAAUUUACUUCAGUUUUAUAUAAAAUAUAAUAUGGAAAUGCCUAUGUGAUUGCAGACUGACUUGAUGUGCCCAUGUCUGUUUUAUUUGUUACUAUGAUAAUCUGUUUUGCAUAUUUCUCAAUGUUUUAUAUUUAAUCUUGGAUAUGGAAAGCAUUUAUACUGACAAUUAUUGGUUUUGAAACUGUUUUCAUAACAUAUGAUCAUUCCACUUUCAAUUGCACGUAAUGUAAAUAACAAUGCAUUCCUUUAUUGAAAGCAUUCCAAUAGAUAAUGGACCCAGUACUGGAUAUGUUUUAUUACAUUGCCCAAGCACAUGUGUAGCACUUAUACAUUUUAGUUAAAUAAGUAAAUAUGUGUAGCUCGCCUGUAAGUAAGUAUACUUUUCUUACAAUCAAAGGUGUGGUUUAGCUAGUAUAUUGUGUUUUAUAAGUUUCGUGUUGGUGCAUUGACAUUCAAAUAUAAAUGAACAUCAAGAUUUAUUUUUGUACUCUUUGUUGCUGGUGUAGAGAAUUGUAUGACAUAUGCUGUUUUAUGUUAGAUUUUAUUUGAUAUGGCAUGUAAAAAAUGUAAACUAGAUAAACAAAUGUACUUAAAGAAUGUACAUUGGUUAUACACAGCACUGUUAUUUGUACAUUAUUCCUCUCAGGGGGCAUGCACAACAAUUUUCCUUUUUAUUAUUGAUAUGUUGUACCUACAUUUGAUAAAGGUUAAGAAUAAAUACACAAAAUAUACAAAUAAAGCAAACACAUGUUACUGAAUUACAGGAUCAGUAUUAUAAAAAUACAUUGUUUUAAGAAAGUUUAAGACAUGUUGACAUGUAAGACUUGGAAGAAAGUGAAAAAAAUAUGUAAAGUCCUUUUACAAACAUAGGAGCUGUGUUUGUCAUCUAAAAGUCAGGUCCAAUGAUGUUCUUAAAAAGCAAGUUACAAAUAUGGUGGUUGUUAAACAUGAUAGAUCUUUGGUACUUUAUAUCAUGUGCAACUUACUUUUCUGGAAUAUCUUCUUUUUUUCCUUUUAAAGGAAAUAUUAUAUUAUUUCCAAAUAUUUAUUCAGGUGCUUAAAUAAUAUAGAUUUGACUUGUUACAAUGAUACAAAACGUCAAUAUUUGUAGAAUGAUAUUUGUCAAUAUUAUUAAACUGUUAGGAAUUCGAUCAUAAUUUAGCUGCUGAAAUGUUUGUAUUGAAGAUUAACACCUGCAUUUAUGGGUAUAUUUUUUAACUGUCAUCUUGCUUUUUCAAUAACUCGUUCCUUCAGAGUGGGGGUAUAUAUACAUGUAUAUAAAUUAAAGAAUACGUUUCAUUUCAGUGUACGUUUUGGACCUUUGAAUGAUUUCGUUGCUUGGCAACAUAGUUAUAAUUGAAAAAAAAAUAAUGUGCUUGUAAAUACAUUAAGGUGUUAUCUAUAGUAAUAUUGUAUAUAAUAAAUGCGUUUUUAAUAAAAAUGCACUAUAAUCAACUAAUGCCGUCCAUGUUCGUUCCCACUGCUUAGCGGUAUUAAAUAUUAUUGUAGAUGUUACUUUAUGUAAAAGUGUUUAAACUUUUUAUUAUGUAUUGUUAAUUUAUAUGAUAAUUGAAUCAAAUCUCCGUCCCAAUCACAUUGUAUUUUUGAAUAAAGAAAAAUAACAUA